GCUCUCUGUGUCAGGGCAGGUGGACCUCAGUGCCUGGGUGGGUUAGAGCACCUCUGAGUGUAAAGCCAGUAUGUUCAGAGCUUCAUUGGCUCAGCUCUUCUGUACUAUCUUACAUCCUGGCACUCAGAUUUGGAGCCUGCCUUUGUCUGGAAAAAAGAAAAAGCCGACACAGUAACAGUGAAAUUUGGCAGCAGCUGUGAGUUCUGGCUGUGUUGAGAGGCUGCACAGAGCCACAGCAUGGCAGGGACUCCCCUCAGCUUGGCUGAGCAGCCUUGGGCUCCUCCGGCUUUGGCUGUUGGCUUCCUGGGCAGUACUGCCAGAGUUGGGAGCUUUUCUGUCCUCUGUUCCAUCUCACCGACUCCUUCUGAUUUUCAUAUUGCUUUUUUCUAGAUCCCAAUACUUGUAUCUCAGUCCCAUUGGAUCUCACUGCGUUGUCCCAGCUGUGCUCUCCUGGAGCUGGAUUAGAGGGGAAGGGGGGGGGGGGAACAAGGGGAGAUUGUAAAGCUGGUAUGCAGGGAACCACAGCUGAUGUACACCUAACAGUGCAAUCACUGAUGUCUUCUCAGCCUCUGGUGCCACUUGUCCUGUCCCCAAGGCUUGGGAGCUGCGGAGCAGCAGCUUCUCCAGCAGCCCUGGCACUCAGGAGUGCUGGAAGGGGGGGGCUCUUUGUACCCUGUGAGGCCACUCUGUACCUGGCUAGAGCUUUUGGUUAGGGUGAUGCCCCAUCCUCGCUUGUUACAGAAAGCAAAAAUAGUUCAGAAACCCCACGCCCCGUGAACAUGUUGCUGGAAAUACAUCUGUUUAUGACAGAGGAGACUAAAACCACGGGGAUCUGGCCCAUGCUGGGAUCCAUGGUGGCUGGGCAGGAAUGCUGCCUUGGCCAUGGUGCUGUGACUACAAGGGUGGUUUUUUUUUCUAUUUUGGGGCAUGUUAUUUGCAUUCUUGCCAGUGAAAGGCUUCCCUGUAAUUAUCAGUUGAUUUAACACACUGUCUAAGCUGUCAUUUACAGCUGCCUGCUUGGUAGCACUUGGCAUGCAAUGCUUCCAGCCAUACAAAGCCUCUCUCCGCGCUGGUUGCACCUCAGACAGCACCAGGACCCCCAGGCAGCAGCACUGGACUCCAUUUCGCUGUGGUAUAGCCCUUCCUGGAGAGAAAGAUGUCCCUGUCGCACACGGCUGCCGAGUACAUGCUUUCAGAUGCCCUCCUCCCAGACCCCAGCAGCUCCCGUGCCAAGGGCUUGAGGCUGGAGCUGCCGAGUGACCGUGUGCUGAAGUUCGUCGCCGUGGGGCUGCCCCUCUUCCUUGUCUCAUUGGCCUUCGCCAGGGAGUUCUCUGCUGGCUCACAGAUCAGCUGUUUCUCACCCUCCAACUUCACGGGGAAGCAAUCUGCCUAUGCUGACACAGCUUGCUGGGAUUCACUCCUCCACCACGGCUUCGAUGCUGAGGGACGUGCUGUCACCAAGUCCCUUUGGGUUCUCAAGGUGUUCCCGUACUCACUGCUGGUGGUGGCGGUGCUCAUGUACCUGCCCUACCUGCUGUGGCGUUACGCAGCUGCCCCCACCCUCCACUCUGACCUUCUCUUCAUCAUCGAUGAGCUGGACAAGUCCUACAACCGCUCUGUGCGCCUGGUGCAGCACAUGAGGAAGGUCCAGCAGGAGAGCGAUGAUUCGGAGCAGUUCUGGGAGGAGUACGAGAGGGCUCGCCGGGAGAGGUACUUUGAGUUCCCAUUGCUGGAGCGCUACCUUGCCUGCAAGCAGCACUCUCACUCCCUGGUCAUCAUCUACCUCCUGAGGAACCUCCUCCUGCUCUUGUUCUUGGCUGCAACUUGCCUCUACCUGGUCUUCCUCCACCUCAACAUCUUCUUCCAGGAUGAGUUCAGCUGCUCCAUCAAAACAGGGCUGCUCCAGGCUGAGCCUCAUGUUCCCCAGCUCAUACCCUGCAAGCUGGUCUUCUUCUCUAUCUUCCAGCUCAUCAGCCUCACAGUUGGUGGUGUGUAUGUCCUCCUUAUGCCUGUCGUCAUCUUCAGUGCCCUGCAGCUCUGUCAGUGGGACAAGGGGCUGCUCUCUGUCUAUGAGAUGUUGCCCGCUUUUGACCUUCUCAGUCGCAAGAUGCUCACCUGCCCCAUCAACGACCUCAAUGUCAUCCUCCUCUUCCUCCGGGCCAACAUCUCGGAGCUGACGUCCUUCAGCCGCCUCAAUGCCGUCAGCGCCUUGCGGGAGGCUGCUGCUGAGAAGCAGGACAUUGAUACCGUUGUUGACUUCAUGACGCUGCUGGCUGGGCUGGAGGCCACCAAGCCCAAACACCAGGCUUGUGUGCCCCCGGCCAAUGGCGAGGCCAUAGGUAGGUUCCUUGGUGUUUCUGGGGUGGAGAUGACCUCUUUGCUGUCUUUUCAGCGCCCAAAUUGUUGCACUCCACCGUGGGGGUGAGGCACAAUCUGUCUGCUCUGGCCUUAACCCCUUGCCAAGACCUUUAAGCUUUUGGGGCAAGGAGCGGGGCGCUGCUCAGGGUCACUGAGGGGGACAGUGGCUCCAUCUCCAUUCUAUGCCCAGGGUCUGUGCUGGCAGCCAGGGCCGUGAUGCUGCCACGAGCCCAUGCGUGGGCAGGAGUUGCUAUAGGAACAGUUCUGCUGAGAAGGUUGCAGAGCUGAAGGCUCAAACCCAAACUCGGGGCUAAUUGUGGGGCUGGGGAUUGUCCUCAUUUCUCAUCCCCAGCCCAUCCUACCCAUGGCUGGGGCAGACUCAGUUCUGGGGUGCUGGUGUGAUGUUCUGUUGCUGUGACAGUGGGGGCUGGGCCGCACCCAGGGCACCAACACUUGCUCUCUCACAUGUUGGAUUUCUGGGGAGCUGGGGGCACUUCUUUGCUGUCUCCUCAAGCUGCUCGCUGUGUUUUCUGGGCUCUGCAAGACAGCUCAUCCUGGCAGGGUAGGAGCCAGAAUGUCUGCACUCCUUUCCUCGCCCUGAACAUGCAGGCUGUGGUCUGUGGUUUUAAACCGAAUAAAUAUGGAAAGAAGGAAAGAUUGAGCUGUAUUUAGCAUCCUCGUUGGCAUGGCAACUGCAGGGCCAGCACCGCCAGCUCUGGGGCUGUAGCUGGCACAGAAGAGCCCGGGAUGCUGGGUUGGUUGGGCUGGUUCUGAGGCCCAAAUAAUCAUCUCUUCUUCCCCAACUCCAUCCAGAAAUGAAGGAAGUGGAAGACAAGGACGAUGCUGCCCCCGAUUCCUGAGCCCCUGCUGGGAUGCAGCGCUGGCUGUGCUCAUUAAAGUGCUUUUGUUACACGA